UUACCAGUGACAUGGACCGUUGUGAGCCAGUGAGAGCCACAUUCCAAUUCGGCCACUUCUUCGUCCCCGCGGACGCGUCGCAAAGCGAGCCUCUGGGAGACUCGAGGUCUUAAGUAUCGUGCACCUGGUCUCCUCUGCCUUCCCCUCCUGUCCUGUCACGCUUCACACUCCCGGCUCCCGCUCGCCCGGGUCCCUGUCCUGUCCAUCUAUAGCGUUCCAUUGGAAAGUGCAAGCACGGGCCCAUGGCCGCCGGUCUGUCCGGCGCCGCGAUGACCGGGUUCGUCGCCAAGAACCCGCUGCUCGCGGCCGCGGCCGCGGCGCGCCGCAGGGCGCAUCCCCUUGCCGGGCGCGCCCUGCCGUUCUCGCCGCUCACCACCACCAGGGCCGCGCGCCGCCGCGGGCUCGGGACCGUCACGUGCUUCGUGCCGCCAGACACGGAGCACCCGGCGGCCCGGGCCCCGGCUGCUCCGGUGCCGGUGCCGGUGCCGGAGACGGCGCUGGACGAGGAGGCCAGGGCCGCGGCGGCGCGGCGCAUCGCGGAGAAGAAGGCGCGGAAGCGGUCCGAGCGUCGGACGUACCUGGUGGCCGCCAUGAUGUCCAGCCUCGGGUUCACGUCCAUGGCCGUCGCCGCCGUGUACUCUCGCUUCAGCUGGCAAAUGGAGGGCGGCGAGGUGCCGGUGAGCGAGAUGUUGGGCACGUUCGCGCUCUCCGUCGGCGCGGCGGUCGGGAUGGAGUUCUGGGCGCGGUGGGCGCACCGGGCGCUGUGGCACGCCUCCCUGUGGCACAUGCACGAGUCGCACCACCGGCCGCGGGAGGGCCCCUUCGAGCUCAACGACGUGUUCGCCAUCAUCAACGCCGUGCCGGCCAUCUGUCUCCUCGCCUACGGCUUCUUCCACCGCGGCCUCGUGCCCGGCCUAUGCUUCGGCGCGGGCCUCGGGAUUACGCUGUUCGGCAUGGCAUACAUGUUCGUCCACGACGGCCUGGUCCACCGCCGCUUCCCGGUCGGCCCCAUCGCCAACGUGCCCUACUUCCGCCGAGUGGCUGCCGCUCACAAGAUACACCACAUGGACAAGUUCGAGGGCGUCCCGUAUGGGCUCUUCCUGGGACCAAAGGAGCUGGAGGAGGUUGGUGGCCUGGACGAGCUGGAAAAGGAGCUCGCGCGAAUCGGCCGGACCAUCUGAUGAUGGGUUCGUCCGCAUUCCGCCGCGGCGAGCUCCGCUGUGCAAAGCUCCGUGGUUUUCGUUUUUGCUCGGUUUUGUUGAGUUCAUUGUCGGUACCGGAUGCUUGGUGGAGCAGACGACCAGAAGGGGCCGAUUUGGAUGCACGGGCGUUGAUCUUCUCCUGCAUUUCGAAUGGGCUGGGAGGCACAGUUCGUACAUGGAGAUGUCCGGUGCCAUGGAAUUACUUUUUUUUUUUCCUUUUUGCUUUGCUGCCAUUGUCACGUCGGCGUCUUUGUGGAGACGUCGCACGUUCUGGUCCCCCUGUGUUGCUGUUUCUUGUGGCUAGGAUUCUGUGUAUAUAACUUGUAGAGACAUGUUAUGAAAAACCACCUGAAUGAAGCUCAAUUCGGUGGUUGGAAACAGAGCUGAAAAUUCAGAAGCUCCCUGCUUUCACAUUCAGAA